AACAAGCUAGGUUGGCAGCCUGACGUGUAUAUAGACGUAACCUAUGUCCUAUGAAUAUGAUCACAAGUAGUAGACCAGGCAGUUUCUGCGUUUCAUCAGGGAUGGAACAAGAAAACAUUGAGGCCAAGCAACAAGGUGGAGAUGCGAGCGAGAUCUCCCAAAACCAAAAGGGCGUCGCUGAAAAGGGUGAGGCUGAGGCAGCUGAAGUCUCAAACCGCGCAAAUCCGCCUAGCGACGCGGAGAAGCUUAUUGCGUUCAUGGAAGAUCACUAUGACGACGUCGUUGCCCGCGUGCAAUCCUUCGAUGAAUUUUACCACGCCAUUUUCGAGCUCAUCGAAAUGUUCUGCGAGGAACGUGGGCAGCUGCAGUACAGGAUAGCAGAGAAGAAAACCCUCGAGGAAGCAUAUAACAAGCACCACAGGUCGGAUGGGAAUGUGACGAAGGAGGAGUUCGAUGCGAUGAGCAGGGAGGUGGUGACGGGCGGCAGCUUCAGGGUGGGCAAGGCGAGCGUGGAGCUGGGGAUGCUGCUGUUCGGCGCCCCGGCGUGCGCGCUGCUGGCCAAGAGGAUCCUGCCGGGGCUGGGCUGGCUGUCGGACGACGUCGUCGUGCCCCUCGCCACCUCCGGCUCCGUCGCCUACCUCAUCAAGUCCAAGAGGCUGUGAAAGAGCUCUGUUCCAUCUGGCCGUCAGAAGACACAAGGCCGUGGACGGAGAGACCAAUAGUUGGAAAGACAUGUGAGAGUACUAUGCACAUGUGGAGUGGAUAGGACCCGUUCAUAGUAGCUGAUCUGAUCGUAACAAACAAAGAACCAGACGCCUGAUCGAAUCAUAGCAGUUCCUUUAAUAAUAAAACUAAUAAUCGCCAUGAAUGAACCAACCAGCCAUGCGCUGUG